AUGGCCCUGAUUCGUAAUCAGUGGGGUAUUUUCCGAUACCUCUCGGAAGUCUUUACCGAACCCUCUCCUAUAAAAGGGCAACCAGAAGGUUCAAUUUCCACAAUGAUCUCCACAGCUGUUCUUGCGAGUCUUCUUGCUGUGGUUCAGGCUCUUCCAGCUAGUGACAUGCUGGUGGAAGUAAGUCCCAGAUAUGCUUAUUCGCAGUUUACAUUUCCUCCAAAUGCUGCUCCAACUUAUGCCAAAGGUCUCCCAAAACCCUCCACUGUUACAAAUUAUGGUCCUCAUUACACUGAAGUUUCACAUUUACUUGGGGAUUUGAAGACAACUACCUGGGGUAACUGGAACCCUAAUGCUACCGCUACUGCUACUGACAAAGACGAUCCAUAUGGCCAGUACGCUUGGAGUCAAUUGUGGGAAAAUGUUGCACUCAAAAACUUUACCAGCACGGGGAUCUACUCUACUACUGUGGACCCUACUCCUGUUCCUUCAGAAUCACUUGUGCUUCCUCCACCGGAUGUUUUCAGUUUUGACGAUAAUUUGAAAUUUCCACUGGAUUUUGUCUUUGGAGUUGCUGGUUCUGCAGCGCAAAUAGAAGGUGCAAUUGCAAUGGAAGGAAGAUCUCCAACCAUCAUGGAGGUUCUUGUUCGUGAUAGUCGUCCUAAAGACUAUGUUACAAACGAAAACUAUUAUUUGUACAAGCAGGAUUUACUUCGUUUGGCACAAAUGGGUGUGAAAACUUAUUCGUUCUCCAUUCCUUGGACAAGAAUUCUUCCUUUCGUGACGCCAGGAACCCCAGUGAACAAGCAAGGCAUAGAUCAUUACGAUGAUCUCAUCAAUUACUGUUUGGAGUUGGGCAUCCAGCCCAUGGUUACCCUCACCCAUUUUGAUUCUCCAGUUCAAUUUUUGGGUGGAAAAGUGCCUCUUGCUACCGACUACCCUCUUAAUUUCUAUGCUGGGUAUGCGAACGAUACCUUUGUGGAAGCUUUCGUCAACUAUGGAAAAAUCGUCAUGUCUCACUUUGCUGAUCGAGUAGGUCUUUUCGUCACCUUCAACGAACCAUAUUUGUAUGCUGGAUACCCAUUAGGAGUCAAGAACGUGGUUACGGCUCACGCUGCAUUGUAUGACUUUUACCAUAAUGAACUUAAAGGAUGUGGAAAGGUUGGUAUAAAAUUUAAUGACAAUUUUGGAGUUCCUAAAAAUGCCACAGAUCCACAAGAUGUUGCUGCCGCCAAUAGAUUCCAGGAUUUCCAGCUUGGCAGUUUUGCCAAUCCUUUGUUCCUUGGCCAGGACUACCCAGAAGCAUGGAAAAGCACUUUUUCUAACGAGACGGAAAUUUUCUUCUCUGCUGAGGAACUCAAAAAUGUCAGUAAGAAAGUGGAUUUCCUUGGCAUUGACCCAUAUACUUAUACGGUAGUUACUCCUCCAGAGGAAGGAAUUGCUGCUUGUCAGGCAAACACCAGCCAUUCUCUCUGGCCACUUUGUGUGAAUGAAACUCAGACGAGAGAAGAUGGGUGGAAAAUGGGGUACCGUUCGGAAUCUUACGUUUAUACCACUCCAGUGGAAUUUCGCCAGUACCUCAAUUAUCUUUGGAACACUUUCAAGGCACCAGUAUUUGUCACUGAAUAUGGAUUCCCCGAGUGGAAAGAGACCGAGAAGGAACUAGGAGAUCAGUUGUUUGACCAAGCCAGAUCUAUCUACUACAGGCUGUAUUUGGAUGCUAUGUUGAAAGCUAUUCAUGAAGAUAAAGUGGAGGUCAUGGGUUCAUUGGCGUGGUCGUUCCAGGACAACUGGGAGUUUGGCAGUGCAGACCAAUUGUUUGGAAUGCAAGUCGUCAAUACCACCACUCAAGAACGGUUCUUCAAGAAAAGUUUCUUUGAUUAUGUGAAAUUUUACCAAGACAGAAUUUAA